AUGACGAUGACAAGCAUGUCCCCCCCUCAGGAGCCGCCUCACCUGAUAGCGGCGAAGGAUGUCAUGCCAAUAAUGAAGCAGGUCAUCAAAGAGCAAUCCGACACCUGGAAUCAUGUGGCCGCGACUUUUGACCCUGCAUCGGCGACCUUUGACACUGCUAUCCGGCCAUUGAUCAGUGUGGACAACGAGACGCAAGGUCGAAUCGCUGUCAUAGCAAUGCUACGCUACGCCUCGCCAGAUCAACUAGCUCGUGAGGCAUCGGACGCAGCCAUUGGACUCUUGCGACAGUGGGACUCCGAGAGGGUAGCGAGAAAGGACUUCUAUCAUCUGCUCAAGGCUGUUGAGGACAAAGCUGAGGAGGUCCACUUCGAAGAUGCCAAGUUUCUCAAAAGCAACAUCCAGCAGUUCACAAGAGGUGGUCAUGGGCGUCUUGACCAGGAUCAGGUGGCCGUUUACUUGAACAGGAGAAACCAAAUCGAUGAGAUGAGACAGCAGUACAACCGCAACUAUCGAAACGACGAUGGUGGCAUGUGGCUUUCCCUGGACGAACUUGAAGGGGUGCCUGCGGAGGACCUCACUCACUUCUUGAGUAAACAACAUUCCACGGAGGUUAGCGAAAAGAACAAGGCGUUUGUACGCUUUACGAGAGCAGACGUCAAUGCCGUCUUGCAGUACGCCACAGCACCGUCGACCCGAAAGAAGGUCUACGUCGCCAAUGAAAGGAAGGUACCGGAGAACGUCGACCUAUUCAGGCAGGUCAUCGAUUUGCGCGACGAGAAUGCGCGUUUACUGGGAUAUGAAAGCCACGCGGCCUUUCGGUUGGAGGCUCGCGUUGCCAAGACCACAACGUGGGUGAACAUUUUCCUCGAUGAACUCGAAGGUGUCCUCUUGCGAAAAGGGCGAGAAGAGAUGAGGGCACUUUUGGAUAUUCGAAAGAAAGACUUCCCGCAAGACAACGACUCAAUGCCCCCGUGGGAUUACGAUUACUACAAUCGCCUGCUGCAAGAGCAGAUCGAUGUUAAACAUGGCCAGAUCUCUGAGUACUUCCCACUGGACUACUCCGUCUCAGCAAUGCUGGAUCUAUUCGCCUCUUGCCUGCAGCUGCGGUUUGUUCCCUUGAUGGCCGAUCAGAAGCAGCAUACUAUCUGGCAUGACGAUGUCCAGGUAUGGGCAGUCUGGGACGACAGAGAAGCCACCAAAGAUGAGUUUGUCGGCUACUUGUACACGGAUCUCCUCAUCAGACCCAACAAACACCAAGGCUCGCAGAAUGUCAAUCUUCAGUGUGGGUAUCUUAGACCGGACGACACUAGGGUCUACCCGGCGACAAUUCUGAUGUGCGCCUUUCCUCGUCCAACCACAACCGGCUGCGCUUUACUCAAGCAUAGCGAGAUUGUGUCUCUGUUCCAUGAGCUGGGCCACGGUAUGCACGAUCUUGUGUCGAGGACUCGCACUGUUAUGGUUCACGGACACCGCAUGCCGCCUGACUUCUUUGAGGUCCCCAGUGUCAUGUUGGAGAACUGGUGUUGGAUGGCAGACGAGCUCAGGCAUAUGAGCUGCCAUUACACCAGAUUGAACCCUAAGCUUUUGAAUGAUUGGCGCCGAAAGAAUCCGGGCCAGUCAGACCCGCCUGAGAAGAUACCUGAUGAACUUCUGGGGCCUCUUGUCAGAAGCAGGAAUGUGAACAGGGCGCUUUGGCUUUUGCGUCAGCUUGCUUUUGCCCGUUUCGAUAUGGCCGUCCAUAGUCCGGCUACUCGUGAAGAAUGCUUGGACCUGGAUGUUGCGGAGAUAUUUAACGACACAAUGGAGAGGCUCCGCCUGCUUCCCAAUCCCGACGCCAAAGACAGAGGACAUCCCCAAUCGAACUUUCAUCACAUGGUUUCUGGAAUGGACGCAGGGUACUACUCAUAUUUGUGUGCGGCAGUAUUCGCCGCAGACAUCUUUCACCACAACUUUGAGGAAGAUCCGCGCAGCAAGGAGCGGUGGGGAAAGUAUCGCCGGGGGAUAUUAGAAUUUGGUGGAAGCCGCGACGAGAUGGAGAUGCUGGAAGAAUUCUUAGGUCAUAAGCCUAGCUCGAAGUAUCUGUUCAGUAAUCUUUCCGCCUAG